GGGCCGAAGCCCGUCAAAUGAAGGUGUUCUACCAUAAACCAUCAAUUUGGCGGAUGCAUUCUGAGCCGUCCGUUGAAGAUGGCGAUCAUAAGCUUCGACCGGGCUUCGUUGCUCUCCUCCUUCUCAUUCGCUUCCUGCAAUUCCAAAUUUCCCGCGAACAACGUUCUCUCAACGGUCAAAUAUGGCGCCAAUGCCUUUCAUGCUUCCGCCGCUACCAUCACUACAAAUAAUAAUUUCGAUAAAAAUUUAUUUUGCACUUCAUACAGAAGGCGUGGGCUUAUGUUGACGGCAACUCUUCCAUUUGUUCUUCCUCUGUAUGAAACCAUGGAACCUUUUGGUGUCAAUGCUGCAGAGUUAGAUGCCAGUGAAUAUCAACUAAUAAAGGAAGAGGUGAAAAAGGUAUUGUCCAAGGGCAAGGCUGCUGGUGUGCUUCGCCUUGUUUUUCACGAUGCUGGAACCUUUGAUGUGGAUGAAAAUUCAGGAGGUAUGAAUGGCUCUAUAAUUUAUGAACUUGAAAGACCUGAAAAUGCAGGUCUUAAGAAGUCUCUUCAGAUUGUUGAGAAAGCAAAAAAUGAAGUUGAUCUAAUCCAACCAGCAUCAUGGGCAGACAUGAUUGCUGUGGCUGGAGCUGAAGCCGUUUCUGUAUGUGGAGGUCCUAAAAUCCCAGUUCAGAUAGGCAGACUAGAUUUGACGGCACCUGAUCCUGAAGGAAAACUUCCUCAAGAAUCUCUGGAUGCUUCUGGUUUGAAGCGAUGCUUUCAAAGGAAAGGCUUAUCGACACAAGAACUUGUUGCGUUGUCUGGAGCUCAUACUCUUGGAAAUAAAGGUUUUGGAAAUCCAACUGUAUUUGACAACUCGUACUUCCAAGUUCUUUUGGAGAAGCCAUGGAUGUCUUCAGCUGGCAUGGCAAGUAUGAUUGGGCUUCCUACAGACCACGCCCUCGUAGAGGAUGACGAAUGCUUAAGGUGGAUCACAAGGUAUGCCAACAAUCAGAAUAUGUUCUUUGAAGAUUUUAGGAAUGCGUACAUCAAACUUAUCAAUUCUGGUGCAAGGUGGAAUUUUUUGUUAUGACUUCUUCAUUACAGCUUUUCCUUGUUUGCUAUUUCUCUUCCAAUACUCAAAUAAGGUUCGAUACAUGAAAUUGUAUUUUUGUUAUUUGUCUUGAAAUAUUAGCAUUCCUUGAGAUUA